GGUGGAGAAGAAGGAGCGAGCUCGGUUAAAGACGGUGAAGUUUAACUCCAAGUCUCGAGAGCGAGGGUCCGUCAAUGACAAGCGUAAAAAGAACCUCUUUACCCGAAAGUUUCCCUUCUACAAGAGCAAAGAGCCGAGCGAGCAGGAGACCAGCGACCUGGACCAACACGUGACGUCUAACGCCAGCGAUAGUGAGAGUAGCUACCGUGGGCAGGAGGAGUACGUUCUGUCGUAUGAACCCGUCGUUCAGCAGGAAGUGAACUACACUCGACCCGUCAUCAUCCUGGGCCCGAUGAAGGACCGGAUCAAUGACGACCUGAUCUCAGAGUUCCCAGAUAAAUUUGGCUCCUGUGUCCCACAUACAACCCGACCCAAGCGGGACUACGAGGUGGACGGCAGAGACUAUCACUUCGUGGUGUCCAGGGAGCAGAUGGAGAAGGACAUCCAGGAACACAAGUUCAUCGAGGCGGGCCAGUACAACAACCACCUGUACGGAACCAGCGUGCACUCAGUCCGCCAGGUGGCUGAGAAGGGUAAACACUGCAUCCUGGACGUUUCAGGAAACGCCAUCAAGCGGCUCCAGCUGGCUCAGCUUCAUCCUGUUGCGAUCUUCAUCAAACCUAAAUCUGUGGAGAACAUCAUGGAAAUGAACAAACGUCUGACGGAGGAGCAGGGCAGGAAAACCUUCGACAGAGCUGCCAAACUGGAGCAGGAGUUCACCGAACAUUUCACAGCCAUCUUGCAGGGCGACACCCUGGAGGAGAUCUACGAUCAGGUGAAGCAGAUCAUCGAGGAGCAGUCGGGUCCGUUCAUCUGGGUUCUGUCCAAGGAGAAGUUAUGAGAUGUUCCGUCUUCAUCACUCCUCUUCUUCACGCUGACUUUAGUUUUAUUUUGAAAAGAAGAGUCGACCUGCAGACUGCAGCCUCUCCCCUCCACCCCCCUCAGAGAUCAGCAGACAUGUUUCACCUGACUGGGACUCCUGAGUAUAGCACACAGGAAGUGACAGGAAGUGACAUCACACUCAGCACGGUACGCUCCUUAAUGUUUAAGGAAGGAGAAUUUCACAGGAAGAGAAGAAAAGUUCACGGAACGUACGAAGCAGUUUUUAUCCUGUUUUUUUUUUUUUUUUUUGUGGGUUUUUUCCCCUUCUUUUGUCUUGUAAGGUAACUGGGUGGGCGGAGCCUCAGUCUGAGGCAGAGGUAAGGUAACCAAGUGGGCGGAGCCUCAGUCUCAGGCAGCAUUUUAUUGGAUGUGAGGAGGAAGAGACACAAAAAGCAAAACUUUGCACGUUUGAGCUUUAACAGCAUGUCAGUUAAACAGUUUAUUUCCCAUCAGCCCUUUCACCUCAGCGUCUGACGGCUUCUUCCUUUUCUGUAUUUUUACCUUCUUUAUUUUAUCCUUGCUGCUGCAGGACGUUCGUCUGGACGCUGCAGGGUCUCUGCUGCUGGAGGCGCCCAGGACUUUACCCAAAUAUUUAAAUAAACUCAUUCAGUUUUAAAAUUAAAUCUCAAAUCUUUAGGUCAGAUUUUAUUUAUAAAAUAAACCUUUUUCUAUUCAGGAAUCAGAUUAUAUAAAGUU